AUGUCUAUUCAAUUUUUUUCAAAAUUAAGUCAUAACUAUAUUGAAAUUUUAGAGGAUAAUGAAUAUUAUGAUAUUACUAUUGAAGUUGGUAAGGAUCCUAACAUAAAAAUAUUUCGUGCACAUGUGAUUAUCCUAUGUCACCGUUCUUCAUUUUUACGGAGAACUUUAACUUCAAACAAAAAGAAUAAUGAUGACUUAGCUCAUAUUAAAUUAUCAAAUAUUUCGCCGGAAACCUUUCAAAUUAUUUUGAGAUAUCUUUAUGGUGGCAUUUUUUCGCUAAAUGGACAAGACACUUUAGAUAUUUUUAAAGUUUUGAUUGCUGCUGAUGAACUUCUACUUCAUGAAUUAGUUGACUAUUUACAAAAGUAUUUAAUUGAAAACAAAACUGAGUGGAUGGAACAACAUUUUGAACUUAUAUAUCGAACAAGUUUUCAAUCUAAUAAUUUAUCAGAACUUCAACAAUUUUGUACAGAUUUUAUAACUAAAUCACCCGACAAAAUAUUUAAAUCACUUGAUUUUACAUCGUUACCCGAAAAAUCAUUAAUUUCGCUUAUUAAAAGGGAUGAUUUGCAAAUGAAAGAAAUUGAAGUAUGGGAACAUGUGUUAAAAUGGGGACUUGUCCAAAAUCAAACUCUAAUUUCAGAUCCUGAUACUUGGACAGAUGAAAUCUUUAAAAUGAUGGGAAAUACUUUACAAAAUUGUAUACCUUUAAUUAGAUUUUUUAGUUUAUCAUCUAAAGAAUUUUUGCACAAAGUGAGUCCAUACAAAAAACUUUUAAACCAUCAGCUUUAUAAAAAUUUAUUGGAUUCUUAUAUGGAUCCUGAUGUUGAGCCAAAUGAUAGAAAUAUAUCACUUCCCAGAAACUUAAAAUUAAAUGAUGUUAUUGAAUCAAAUAUCGUUAAUUUGAAUAUAACUUCAACUAUUUCAAGAUGGAUUGAUAAAGUGGAUUGUAAUGGUAAAUUUUCAUAUGUGAGGGAAUUAUAUUUACCAUACAAAUUCAAAUUAUUAUUAAGAGGUAGUCGUGAUGGAUUUAGUCUUAAAAAAUUUCAUGAAUUAUGCGAUGAUAAACCUAAUACUGUUACAUUUAUUAAAGUAAAGGAAACUGGUGAAAUCUUAGGUGGACAUAAUCCUACGAUAUGGAAAUCUUGUAAUGGUAAUUGGGGUCAAUCUUAUUGUAGUUUUAUAUUUUCUUUUAAGAACAAAGAUGGGAUUAAAGAUUCAAUUUUAAGUCGCAUUAGAAAUAUAGAUAAGGCGUUAUGUUAUUUUAAAAAUAGUGGUCCCUCAUUUGGUGGUUCUGAUCUUAUAUUAUCAUGUAAUAAUGGUUUUGGAAACGAAGAUCUAUUUGACCUUAAUAUAUGUAAGCAAACUAACUAUGAGAAAAGAAUAAGGGAUACCGAAGAUAAAUUUUAUAUAGAAGAUUAUGAAGUAUUUCAAAUCACGAAAAAAUAAGAGAAUAGAAUAUUGUAAAUAUCCUUAAAGAUCAUUCAUAUUUUUGUUUUCACAAUAUAGAUUUUGUUUUGUUUUU